GAUUUAUUUUCACCAUUGCACUCUAUCGACCCCAACGGCCUAAGUUCUGCCUUUUGACUGUUGCUCCGUGAUUUUGGAGGAAAAAUGCACCAUCAAUUCGAUAACUACACUGGGAGGUUGACUGGAGCGACGAGCGCAAUGUGGCCUUAUUAUCCUCUCAGCCCAAGGUCUUAUUCGAAAGCAGACAGGUCGCAAGUGAUCUUUGAUCAAAAAUCGACCCGAGCCGCCCAGGUUCAAGGAAACUGCAGGGUAGUCCCCAGAAAGCAGAUUCCCGGAACCUCGUAUUUUUACGCACCACUUGACGAAAGGCUGCGUCUCAAAAUGGAACAUUACCAGAAACCGAAUGGAAUCCCGAUCCAUCUGAAAGGAGGCCCCGCCGACAAAGUGCUGUUUGGCGUAACCGUUGCUCUCUUGGCAGUUGGCAUUGUUUCAGCCUUCAAUUUGGUGUACAGGAUGGCGGUGCCAAAGAAGCAAUGAGAGCAGCGCACGAUCUGACUCAAUCUGGCGCACUUAUGUAUUUUGCGGCUCCGUACAAUUGUUGUUACUCAAUACAAUAAAAAUGGAACAG